UGAAAUCAGUUCUAUUAGUAUGGAAAUAAAUUUUUCUUUGUAGUUAAACAGUUAAUGAAUUUUGAUGAGUAAUUUGAAAUAUUUUGACGUAAUUUAUAAAAAAAAUACUUGUCCUUAAGAUAACUAUUAUUAAAUUGCAUUUUAAAAUGCAACGAGCAAUGUUGUUCAAGAAAUUCUUGAUGCCGUGUGGACUAUGUGCUGCAGUACCAGCAAUGAAACCUACAACUUCCUCUGAAGAACAUACCACACCUUGUAAUAAUGAAACACAAGGAAAGAAAUUAAUAAAACCAUCAGAAUUACCCAUUUAUUCUAUUGAUGAUGGGUAUUCUAAGCAGAUGCCAUGCGUAGAAUACCCUUCCAUUGUAGAAGAAAAUAUUAGAAAAGUACGUCAAACAGUGCAAAAGUUAAAACUUAUAUCAGAUACAGUUUCUCAUAAUGUUUCAAAUGCUUUUGAAAACUUCAAAUUUGUAGUUGAUUAUCUCCAAGACAAUGAUAAUUAUAUACCACGACUAGGAGCAGUUGGUAUUGGUGGUUUAUCAGGAUUAGUAUUAAGUUUGAGAGGAGGCAAGUUAAAACGAUUAGUUUAUACAUCUACAGGUGCUAGCAUUAUUGGGUGUAUUUGCUUUCCUAAAGAAAUGAAACAAGUAGUUGAUAAAAUGGAACACUAUAUGAGUAUUGGUUACAAUUUCAUUUAUGAUGUGAAACCAGGAGACAGCCAAAAGGAAAUUUCAUUAAAUGAAUUUCCAAUACUGAAAAGUGUGAUUGAAUUAGAAUAUUUUCGUAUGAUAACUGAAUUUUUUAAACAAAAAACAAAUGAUACAACUGAUGUAUCGACUGAAACAACUGUGAAAAUGGAGUAAAAUAUGAAGAAAUUGGAGAAGAAGAAGGAAUGGACUAAUAUAUUCAGUAGUUAUUGAAUAUUUCAUAAUUGAA